AUGGAGUUCGACGCCUUUUGCGUGAUAAUCCCCUCUCUGGCGAAGAUUGCCCCGAUUCCACUUCUCCCACGCCCGCCAUUUCGCAGCCUCCUCUCCGUGGACAUCGACGCAUUCAUGAGGUUGCUACUGCGGCAGGACGGAUCGGUUCGCAUCAACGUCAACUACAAAAGUCUCAACGCUCUGGUGGAUUUGGAUGGACAACCUCUUACUCGAGUGGACGGUAUCUGGGAUUCUCUGUACACCGGGAAAGUCUUCUCCAUCUUCGACCUCAACUCGGCUUUCCACCAGAUCGUUUGUGAUGAAGACACUGUCCCGCUCACCGCCUUUUGCACUCCCACUCACUUGUUCGAAUGGCUUCGGAUGCCGCAGGGAGCCAACGCAAGUCCGCCUUGGUUCGUCAAGGUUAUCAACAGAGUGGUGCACGGUCUGGAGCGUGUGCUUGCGGAUCUGGACGACGUCAUCUGUUUCGAUGAGGAACCUCUGGGACACGUGCUGAACAUGAUCGAGUUCUUCAAACCACUGCGACAGUACACCCUCGAACUGUCUCCAGGGAAGGCGCGCGUCGGCGCCACGCCCACCAACUUUCUCGGUCACACCAUCUCGCCGGCCGGUGUUAGCCCUGAUGGCGUUAAGAUUAGGGCGCGCAAAUGCCGCCGCCGACGAAUGUUAAGCAGCUUCGGAGCCUUCUCGAUGGACUCAGCCGCUACCGGAAAUUCCUCAAGAAUCUCGCCACCAAGGUGCGACCUCUCAACUCUCUUUUCAAACAAGGCGUUCCCUUCAACCGCGCUACUCUUCCUGCGGAGCGUAACUGGACCGUUUUGGAUCUGGAGGCUGGUGGCAUUGUUUGGGCCAUCAAACGACUUCGCGGUUAUCUUUUGGUCGACGAAGUUCAUCAUCUAUUCGGACCACAAAGCCUUGGAGAGCAUUGGCAAGGUUGGGGAACACAACGCUAGGGUGCAACGAUGGCUCGAAUUCCUGUCCAACUUCACGUACACCUUGAAAUAUCGGAAAGGUUCGGCAAUCAGCAACGUGGAUAUUCUUUCGCGGCUACCUUUACCAGCACAAGACACCGACAAAACCGGCCCCGACUGCAUUGAUGGUGUCGGUCAAGCGGGUGUUUUCUUUAUUCGGGCUUGCGGGCACAACUAUCACUCGCCGUCUGCGCCGGAGGUCCCGCUCGCCAAACAAGACCACCCGGACCGCCGCGCGUCUGCUGCAGCCAUCCGCAACGCCGGCAUCAGCGUUUUCGUCCACUGCUCCUGCGCCACCGGUGUCUUCGCCGUCAGCGGCGCGCCCUGCAUCCCUGAUUUUGCCUUCUCUACAGGGGCCUGGUACGGUCUUCGGCGUCGACUUCUUCGAACCUCUGCCAGUGACUGCCAAGGGCAACCCUACAUUUUGUUGUUCACAGACCAUUUUAGUCGGAGAGCCGACAUGUUCGCAGUUACAGCGGCGGAAUUUACGGCGAAAGGGACGGCUCACAUGUUCGUCAACCAAUACAUGACCAAGUGGGGAUGUCCGACUACGUUAUUUUCGGACAACGGACUGCAUUUCUGCUCGAAGCUCUCCAUGGCGAUCUACGACACCAACGGCGGCACUGAACGCGUCAACCACACGAUGGCCCAGAUGCUUGCGGUGGUCGUCAACGAACAGCAACACGAUUGGGACGUACAUCUCCCGCACGUUGAGUUUGCCUACAACAAUUCCGCGAACCAGUCUACUGGAUUGGCGCCAAACGAGAUCCACAUCGGACGCAUCCCGCGACUCCCGCUUUCGGUCUUCGAUCAUCCCACGGUAGGUGGUCAUCAAAGCUUGGCCCGCGAUCAACUCGAUUAUUGCAACCUGACUGUCGAUCGCCAGCGCCGGGCCUACGAACUUGUCCGUGAGUACAAAACCCUGAAGAUUUCGCGAGUCGAACGCCGCAAUUCAUCCCUGCUGGACGCCAUUCACAACUUCCCUCAGUUUGCCGUUGGCGGGUGGUCUGGAGUGUACAACACGGCUGCUACAAUUCGACAGGGUGUGCAGAAGGACACGGACCAACAGGUGCUCAAGGCCAAAUUCGCACUUUCCUGGACGGGGCCCCACAAAGUUCUUGCGGUGGGUCCCGCCUCUGCCGACUCCGUUCCGGACGGCCGCCCGUUGGCGCGCAAACUCCUCUACCUGGACCUGCCUUCCGAUCUUUCCGGCCCGGCAGCUCGUUGUCGCGUGCCUGUCCUUCGUUUCAAGCCCUGUCGCAAUCCGUACGAGACGGAAGACUUGCCGCAAUCUCUACCCGCCGAGCCUUCGCGUUAUGUUCUGCACUCGUUCGGAGAUUAA